AUGACGAAGAAUCAACAAAUAGAGGCCCCCGAUCAAGAGGCCCAAAUCCAGCGUAACACGCAUACCGACUUUGCAGCUGUUGAGAAAAGUCGCCCACCGUUCAACCACGAUGCGCGCGUACAGUUUACCAAGACGCCGAAUCCAACCUGGCGGGCAGGCGACGGCGCAUCAGACGAGGACUGGAAGAACCACAAGUCCAUCACGAUCGACCCGUAUGAGGAAGGGCGAGGUCCAUGGCUGAACUAUAAGCUCCUGAUUUCAGCGACAGUCCCGCGCCCGAUCGCGUUGGCGAGUACAGUGUCGGCGGAUGGAAAGACGGCGAAUCUGGCCCCGUUUUCGUUCUGGCAGUGUGCUUCUACGGAUCCACCCAUGUAUUCACUCUCGUUUACGUCGAGGUCGGUGAACGAUACGCUCACGAAUCUUCUGGCCACGAAGGAGAUUUGUAUCUCCACUACGCCCGAGUGGGUUGUUGAAGCUGCCAAUUUUGCAUCGGUCAAUUCGCCCAGACAUGUCUCUGAGUGGCCUCUUUCAGGGCUUACUCCCAAGAAGAGUGAUCUUGUUAAACCGGCGCAUGUGGCCGAGUCGCCGUAUUCCGUCGAGUGUAAGCUGCACUCGGUGCAGGACUUCUUCAGCAAGAAGGAUCCGUCUCUACGGACAUCUACCCUGGUCGUUGUUGAGGUCAUCCGGUUCCAUAUUUGGGACGACGCCGUGGGCAAGGACCGCGCGACGGCUGAUAUUCAGAAAUUGAGGCCGGUGUUUAGGGCUGGGGGGAUCACGUACGGGGCCUGUCCGAAUGCAUUCGAGUUGCCCCGGCCAGUGGCUUUUCGAGAGCUGCGAGAGGAUGGGCAUAUUAAGAAUUUGAUAUAG